GAGUCGCUCUGUGAAAGCGACAGUGACAUUUCCCGAAGCGAGGGCUCGGCCCUCGCGAAAGAUCGCUCGAGGAGAUCAGAAAAAAUACGCCGUAGGCUCGUGCACAUCUGCGUUUAACCGCGAGAUGAUACUCGCGUUCUCGCGAGAUAAAGAGCAGCGCGACAUGGUCCCGCAUUUCGACACGACGUCACUUGGCGCGAGGCAGCGGCUUCUCGUACAAUAAGAAGUUAAUCUGAAUUUCGCUUCGAAAGCACGAUAACGCGCGUGUUUUUAACGUAGUGAGAAUCGUGGUGAGUCGAGAUUAACGUGGAAGUGAUACGAGAGUGGCACGUGGAUUAAAUCGAAGGCCAAUACGCAUAUUGCGUCAAAUUUCAGGUGGUGGUGCACGAUGGAAGGCUCACUUUUAUGUGGACAUCAUCGACAAUUAUUGGAGUUUCUUCGAUGUUGGUUCUUCUAAAGAAAUUGGGUUUGAGAUUUAAAAGUACCUAUCUCGUUCGCAAGAGACUAAUCGAGAGACAUCUUUUAGACUUCGCAAUUUAAUUGAAAUGAGUCUCUCGGAGAUUUCGUGGAUCUUCAUCCUAAUCGCAGCGUUUGAAACAGUGUAUAUAGCUAGCUCGUUGACUGGGGAUCACGUAUGCUCAAGAAUAGAAAAUUACACGGUUACGUCGUACGAGACCUAUACCGAGCCGGUCGUGAUCAACUCGUUCACCUGGUGCUUACAAAUUCCCCCAAGAUGCCCCAAGACGUGGACAGAGCUACGACAACGAUACCGUGUGAAGACGGAGGAAAAGUCGAAGAUUGUGAAGGAAUGCUGCGAGGGGUACAAAAUGACUCACGGCGAUGCGGAAACGGAUGCGAACUGUUUACCGUUUUGCGAAAAAUGUGUGACAGGUGCGUGUGUCGCACCGAACGAAUGCCGAUGCGAUCCUGGAUAUCAGGGAGAUGAUUGCGCCCGUGGGUGUCCGUUAGGAACCUGGGGUCUCCAAUGUGCGAACGAAUGCGACUGCGGGGAGAACGGUGCCUGCGAUCCCGCAAACGGCACUUGCCAGUGCUCGCCGGGCCUGCAAGGACCUCGAUGCGAGGAGUAUUGCGCGAUCGGGCAAUGGGGCCCGGGUUGUGCAAACGAAUGCACAUGUCAAAACCGGGAUAAUGACUGCGAUGCCGUAACCGGAAGCUGCGCCGACGACGACGACAUCUCUUCGGUCGAGCAAACGUCGCCCGCUUAUUUGCAGAGCUCUACCAUCGACCGUCUACCGCAAACGCAGGGAAUUAAUACGGAGCAAACGGAAGUCGUCUCUGUGCCGCGUGAGACUACCGAACGCCAGGAAGAAGUUUCAAUCGCAAGUGUCAAUGAUGAUUGGAUCGACACGAAUUACAUUCCGGAAACGACGAGUCCGGCAACAGCUUCGAUUGCAGCCCCUCCUCAGGGAACAGAGACCAUAGCAAACCAAACGCAAAUGAAGGAUCUCUCCACUACUGUUCGCCCCGUGAUCGUCUUGGUCUCGGUCCCCGAACGUAAAAGAGACAUUGAGAAGGACAGGCAAAAGUUCGCGACAAAGGACGCUCUUUUCAAACACGUUCAAAAUGACAAAAGCAUCAACAUGCCAAAUAUCGAUUACAUGAAAACCGUUCACAAAGCGACAGACGACAUUCAGACGUCAACGCCAAUCCCGUUGGACAUCGCUCUGAUCGUCGUUGCCGCGAUUGUCUCCCUCGGUCUGACCUCGCUCGCAGUAGUUAUGGUCCUUCAUAUGCGCUCCAAGCUAUUCGAUACCAUUCGCGUUGCUAUCUACGACGAUGAGAAGCCCAAGAGGCAGGAACGCGAGAGCAUGAACGGCGGAAGAACGUCCGCGUUAGUAAACGCCAAUCUGCCCCUACCGCCAGUCCGCGAGAAACCGAUAUUCGCCUAUCAUACGGAUCCGGAUACAAUAUUGACGCUCGAUGGCAUUGAAUCGUUAAACACCUACGCUAACGGCGCCGCUACGAUCGGCCUGCGAAUUUCCGGUAAUUUUCACGAUCUGUUACAAGAUGGCCAUUACGACCGACCAUCGGCAACUCUGAUACGUCUGCAGUCAAACUUGGACCAUAACACGGAGCACUUGUACGACGAAAUACCCAUGCAAACCACUCCACUAUCUGAUCGCAAGGAUCUGUGAUGGAGAAACGAUUCCACUUACUGCACUCACGAUCCAUUCUAUCCGUUUAGCUUUAGUUGUAUAGUUUAACAAUGCGUCAUCGUCGUAGAAGGACCUUGAAACAUUUUUUUAUGCAAAACGUGACCUGUCGCGGACAAAAUGAUCGAUGAAAAGUCGAUCGCACGCUGAAAAAUGCGCGAAAACUGGUUUCCGACCUUACGCAGAGCCGUUGAAUGCGCAAGGUUGAACGUGACUGUAAUUUAGUGGCACAAGACGGAGAAACAAGUCGACAGUUCGAGCACCGUGCUGUCAGUGACCGACAGUAGAAUUUACUCGGCGGAGCGUGUCAGCUCCUUCUGAAUAAACUAUUUCGUAAUUUCGACGAGAUGACGUCAAACCGGGGGAAGAAAGAGAGGGGAAGAGCGAUUAUGAUUGCGCGCGCGAACGUGCAAUUAAGUGGAAAACACGAAAUAAUAGAGUCCCGUGUAACGAGCGCAGGGAAAAAUACAGUGCGCCGACUGUUAUUACACAAAUGAUGUUAAACGUAAGCGUAGUCUGCGGGGGCGAAGCUACCUGUUUGCGAAUAAAUAAAUGCGAAAAUGAACUGUCCGGUAUAAAUCUAACAGCCUCAUUCAAUUUACCUGGUAUAAAUUACCAUUGCGCAAAUAAGUCGAAUCGUUUAUUUCAAGCCGCGAGCGAUCUCUUCGCAUUUAUUUAUCGUCGUGUCGCCAAACAGCGCCCGUAACGUUAACAAUAUUAUUACGAAUUCCUUAAUAAUCAGUCCCGUAGUAAUCGCGUCCGGCGAAGAAGUAGUAUUGGCGUGAAAACACGUAUCCUGCGAUAAUAUACAGUUUCCGAUUACAUCACUAAUGAUGUGUACAUAAGCGAUAACAUAACCGAUGAUACAAAAUUCGUUAUCGUGGCAGGAAGCGCGCUAACGACUUUUGUACAUCGAAAUUGAAGCCAAAGAACAAAACUCCUAUUUAAGGCAAACGCAAUAUAUGUAUCCUAGAGAAAUAUGCGUUCAUUUGUAAACAUUUUUAAUGACUAUCUAUAAUAAAUUAAAUAAAAUAAAUUAACUAA